CUGACUCAGACAACGCUGAAACCCGGAAGCCUUCCCCUCCCAACAGCUAUAAGUUUAGUCCCGCGAUAACACUCGAACAGCCUUUUUUGGGCGACCUCCAAACGCUUCAGGUGCCUGAGUUUUCUAAAUGUCUGCCGUCGACCCCAAGCUAACUGAGCCACUCAAACCCAGCUUCACGGCUGGCGGCGAGAAGGCCUCGGACCCUCCGAAAAUCCAGAAACUGAUCGAUUCGCUGCAUCUGCUAAAGCAUCCCGAAGGCGGCUGGUUCGCCGAGACCGACCGCGACGCUCUUCGCAUCCCCAACCCGUUCCUCUCGAAGCGGCAGGAGCAUGGCGGCGCUGUGGAGUAUACAGCCAAAGCCGACGGCGACGAUGCCACGCGAUCCGCCAUGACCACCAUCUUCUAUCUGCUGACUCCCAAUAGCCCCAAGGGUCGCUUCCAUCGGAACAAGGGAAGAACGGUGCAUACACUACACAAGGGUCGUGGAAGAUACGUGCUUAUUCGUACCGACGAGGCUAAGUCGGGUGAGAAAGCCCGCGUCGAGACUUUUGUCGUUGGACAGAAUAUUGAGAAGGGAGAGCGAUUGCAGUGGAUUGUCGAUGGGGAUAUCUACAAGGCCAGCUAUCUGCUGCCAGAUGAUGACGAUUCCGGCAAUAGCGAGGAGGGGCUAUUGAUAAGUGAAACGGUGGUGCCGGGCUUUGAGUUUACGGACCACAACUUCAUGCCUGCCGGUGUCCUUUCGGAACUGGUUGAGGCGAAGCAGGCCGAGGAGCUUCAGUGGCUCCAUUCAAGCAAUUGAUCUCACGAGUUCAAGAUGACAGGAUUAAAAAUAUUGCAAGCUCAUUCAGUUUGUAGACAGCCUUUUGUUAGGACAAUAAAUCUUAUCGUAGUUUUCUCCCA